CUCUUAAGUCUUUCAUUAUCUCAAAAAUAAACUAAGACAAGACGCUUUUGUCUCUUUGUCCAAAAUCUACGAGGAAUCAAAAGAAGAAGAAUAAAUCGAAUAUUCUUAUAAGUCUUGCGUAUAUAUAAGAAGAAGAUUCAAAAAGAAAAAGAUCAAAUGGAAAAUCUCUCACGCAUUCCUCCCGGAUAUCGAUUCCAUCCGACCGAUGAAGAACUCGUAGACUAUUAUCUUAAGAAUAAAGUUGCAUUCCCUGGAUUGCAAGUUGAUGUUAUCAAAGAUGUUGAUCUCUACAAAAUCGAGCCAUGGGACAUCCAAGAGCUAUGUGGAAGAGGGGCAGGAGAAGAAAGGGAAUGGUACUUCUUUAGCUACAAGGACAAGAAGUAUCCAACAGGAACACGAACCAAUAGAGCAACAGUCUCGGGAUUUUGGAAAGCAACAGGUCGAGACAAGGCCAUAUACUCGAAGCAAGAGCUUGUAGGAAUGAGGAAGACUCUUGUGUUUUACAAAGGCCGGGCUCCAAAUGGUCAAAAGUCAGAUUGGAUAAUGCAUGAAUAUCGUCUCGAGACAGAUGAAAAUGGACCACCUCAUGAGGAAGGAUGGGUGGUUUGUCGAGCUUUCAAGAAGAAACUAACGCCUAUAAAUUACAACAAUCCAAGAACAGUGAUGGGAUCAUCAUCAGGGCAAGACUCUAAUUGGUUUCCACAGCAGAUGGAUGUUGCUAAUGGUAAUUACUACCAUCUUCCUGAUAUAGAGAGUCCAAUAAUGCUUCAAGGCUCAUCAUCAUCAUCAUUACACCAUAAUGAGAAUGACCCUUAUGGUGUUGCACUGGGCACUAUCAACGCAGCACCAAGCACAUUAAUGCAACGAGAUGAUGAAGGUGAUCAUGGUCGUAUUAUUACUAAUGAUGCUUCUCAUAUGGUCAUGAUGAACACAAAUAUUGAUCAUCAUCAUCAUCAAUCAGGACUACUACUCAAUGAUGAUGAUGAUUAUAAUGAUCAACUGAUGGAUUGGCAAAGUCUUGACAAACUUGUUGCUUCUCAGCUAAUCUUGAGCCAAGAAGAGGAAGCAGUUAACCAAGACCCAUCUAAUAAUUUUUCGAAUGAAACAUAAAAUCAUCUCUUUGAAGAGAAACCAUCUUCCUCUUGGGCUCAAAAUACACACAAGUAAGAUCCAUCCUCAAACAUGUGAGAUAUAUAUAAUUAAUUAAUUGUGGGUCAUCAUGCUAUCGAUUGUAAUUUUAUACCAAAUUAUUUAUUUAUUAUGUACACUUUAUAGUACUUUUGUGUCAACGUGUGUAACUUUCUAGUGUUAUGGA